AUGAGGCGGUCAUCUUCUUCUCUGUCCUCGCUCACACGCGCCAUGGCAAUCACCCUGGUGUUCGCCUGCUGCUGCUCCCUGCUGCCAUGCCCAUGCUCUGCUGUUUGCAAAGGGCGUGCAUUUGGCGACUUUGGUCAGGGGGCUGAGGCCGGGCCAAGGGGAGGAAACCAAUUAGAUCAGGGGGGUGGCGGACAAGCGCCAGGAGGCUAUUCAUUUAGUGAUCUUCGUGACGGGUCUUGGCACAUGCCGAGGGAACAAGGAGGAAACCAAUUUGCUCAAGGGCUUGGGGAGGCAAGGCCGGGGGGAGGAGGAAAGCAUGGUAAGUGGUCCGACGACGGGUCGUCAGGGGUUACACAAGGAAGCCAUGUAGGACGGAUGCCUCCUCCGCCGCGGGGCAAGGCACCGUGGUACCACAGGUGA